AUCACCCCUGUCCUGUCCGGUGUUAUUGGUUACUUGGUUUGGUUCCUUUUUUUUUUUUUAUUUUCUUUUUUUAAGUCUUCCUCCUGAACAAUCUGUCCCCUUCUGAAAUGAUUAAAUGCAUCAUAUAAUUGUGCCUUUCUAUGUGAUGUGUUGUGGCAGGUCUGCAGCACAGUGGCCAUGGAAGAAGAAAGAGUUCAAAGGAUUCUUCAGGGGCUCCAGAACCAGUCCAGAGCGAGACCCUCUGAUUCUUCUGUCCAGAGAAGCUCCAGACCUGGUGGAUGCAGAGUACACUAAAAACCAGGCCUGGAAGUCCGAGAGGGACACACUAGGGAGACCCCCGGCCAUAGAAAUCCCUCUGGUCGAUCACUGCAAAUACAAAUAUUUAUUCAACUUCCGAGGUGUGGCGGCCAGCUUCCGCCUCAAACAUCUCUUCCUCUGUGGUUCGCUGGUGUUUCAUGUGGGGGAUGAAUGGCAGGAGUUUUUCUACCCGCAGCUGCGGCCCUGGGUCCACUACAUCCCAGUCAAGCAGGAUCUCUCUGACGUCAGGGAAUUACUACAGUUUGUCAAGGAGAAUGACGACAUCGCACAGGAGAUCGCCACAAGGUAA